GGCCUUCGCAGUUCGCGCUUUACGCAUUUCGCGUCUGAAUCUAUAGCUACCGGAGGUUUUACUCGGCGAUUGUAGUCGUGGUGGUAGAUCGGGUAUUUUCGCGGUGGAUCUAUUUGAUCUGGAUCUGAUAAUACCUCUGCUUGCUUCUUUUUCUGAGUCUUUUUAGGAGUUGUCGUGAAUCCGAAUCGUCUGUGGUAAUGCAAUUGUGCUCAGAUUUUGAGUAGUUUCAUUGAUCUUGGAGAGGACUGUGUGUGAGUGAGAGAGAGAGAGAUCGAAAUGUUGCGCGCGAGAGCAUUUCGGCAGACAAAUGGUAAGAUUGUGAAGAUUCAGGUACAUCCCACGCAUCCAUGGCUUGUUACUGCUGAUGAUUCGGAUCACGUCUCCGUUUGGAAUUGGGAGCAUCGUCAGGUAAUUUACGAAUUGAAAGCCGGUGGAGUUGACGAGCGUCGUUUAGUUGGUGCUAAGUUAGAGAAGCUUGCCGAAGGAGAAUCCGAUUAUAAAGCCAAGCCUACUGAAGCUAUUCGAGGAGGAAGUGUCAAGCAGGUGAAGUUUUACGAUGAUGAUGUGCGUUAUUGGCAACUGUGGCGCAAUCGCACCGCAGCUGCUGAAUCUCCGUCAGCUGUCAAUCAUCUCACAUCUGGUUUCACUUCUCCUGCUCCGUCGACUAAAGGCCGGCAUUUUCUGGUUAUCUGUUGUGAGAAUAAAGCCAUUUUCUUGGAUUUGGUGACAAUGCGUGGUCGUGAUGUGCCGAAGCAAGAGCUUGACAACAAGUCACUUCUCUGCAUGGAGUUUCUUUCCAGAUCAUCUGGUGGUGAUGGCCCUUUAGUUGCAUUUGGUUCAACUGAUGGUGUCAUUAGGGUUUUAUCAAUGAUAACAUGGAAGCUUGCACGUAGAUAUACAGGGGGCCAUAAAGGAUCAAUUCAUUGCUUGAUGAAUUUCAUGGCAUCAUCUGGCGAAGCACUCCUUGUUUCAGGUGGCAGUGAUGGCUUACUAGUACUGUGGAGUGCCGAUCAUGGCGCUGACUCAAGGGAACUUGUACCCAAGCUUAGCUUGAAGGCACAUGAUGGUGGAGUGGUAGCUGUCGAGCUGUCAAGGGUAAGUGGCAGUGCUCCACAAUUGAUUACAAUUGGUGCUGACAAGACAUUGGCCAUAUGGGACACAAUGACAUUUAAGGAGCUGCGUAGAAUUAAACCUGUCCCAAAACUAGCUUGCCACAGUGUUGCAUCGUGGUGCCACCCUAGAGCACCAAACCUCGAUAUCUUGACUUGCGUUAAAGAUUCACACAUAUGGUCUAUUGAGCAUCCAACUUAUUCAGCCCUGACAAGGCCAUUAUGUGAACUUUCUUCCUUGGUUCCGCCUCAAGUACUUGCAACCCACAGAAAACUUAGGGUCUAUUGUAUGGUUGCACAUCCUCUACAGCCGCAUCUCGUCGCAACUGGUACCAAUGUUGGUAUUAUAGUUAGUGAAUUUGAUCCUCGUGCCAUCCCGUCUGCAGCUCCUUUACCAGCAUUGCCUGGAAGUCGGGAGAAUUCAGCUAUAUAUAUCCUUGGACGAGAAUUAAAGCUCUUGAACUUUCAAUUAUCCAACUCAGCUAACCCAACACUUGGCAAUAAUAGUGCCUUGUCCGAAUCAGGGGUAUCUAAGGGAGAUCCAGGUGAACAGUUGACUGUAAAGCAGACCAAAAAGCAGAUUGUGGCACCUGUUCCUCAUGAUUCAUACUCGGUUCUUUCUGUAAGCAGUUCAGGGAAGUAUGUGGCAGUUGUAUGGCCUGAUAUUCUGUACUUCUCUAUCUACAAGGUUAGUGACUGGUCUAUUGUUGACUCUGGAAGUGCAAGAUUGUUGGCUUGGGACACAUGUCGGGAUAGGUUCGCGAUACUAGAAUCUGUGUUACCUCAAAGGAUGCCCCUAAUCCCAAAGAGUGGUUCAUCGAGAAAGGCUAAAGAAGCCGCUGCAGCCGCAGCUCAAGCGGCUGCUGCUGCUAGUGCAGCGUCAUCAGCUAGUGUCCAAGUUCGUAUUCUCUUGGAUGAUGGUACCUCAAACAUACUAAUGAGAUCUGUAGGAGGUCGCUCGGAACCGGUCAUUGGUCUACAUGGUGGUGCUCUACUUGGUAUAGGCUAUCGCACAUCCCGAAGGAUUAGUCCUGUUGCUGCAACAGCUAUUUCGACCAUACAGUCGAUGCCGCUGUCAGGAUUCGGAAACAGCAAUGUUUCUUCGUUUUCGAGCUAUGAUGAUGGGUUUUCGUCGCAGAAGUCUGCUGAGUCUGCACCCCUGAACUACCAGCUCUACAGUUGGGAAAAUUUUGAGCCAGUAGGUGGUAUGCUACCUCAGCCAGAAUGGGCGGCAUGGGACCAAACAGUUGAGUACUGUGCAUUUGCGUAUCAACAAUACAUGGUCAUAUCGUCCUUGCGCCCUCAGUAUAGAUAUCUUGGUGAUGUUGCCAUUGCACAUGCUACUGGAGCUGUUUGGCAUCGCAGGCAGCUGUUUGUGGCUACACCAACCACUAUUGAAUGUGUCUUUGUGGAUGCGGGAGUUUCUGAAAUUGAUAUAGAGACUAGGAAGAUGAAGGAAGAAAUGAAACUUAAGGAAGCCCAGGCUAGAGCAGUUGCAGAGCAUGGAGAGUUGGCCUUAAUCACAGUAGAAGGUUCCCAGUCUGCGAAGCAAGAAAGGAUAUCUUUAAGGCCUCCCAUGCUACAGGUGGUGCGUUUGGCUUCUUUCCAAAAUGCCCCAUCUGUUCCGCCAUUCUUAUCAUUGCCAAGACAAUCAAGAGGUGAUGGCGAUGACAUUAUGGAUGAAAGAAGGACCAGUGAGGUAGCUGUAGGUGGUGGGGGAGUAUCAGUGGCUGUUACUCGUUUCCCAGUGGAGCAAAAACGACCAGUGGGGCCUCUUGUUGUUGCUGGUGUACGGGAUGGAGUUCUUUGGCUCAUUGACAGGUACCAAGAGUCUCCUGUUCUUACCUUCAGACAGACUGUCUCUUGUGGUGCGUUUGGCUUCUUUCCAAAAUGCCCCAUCUGUUCCGCCAUUCUUAUCAUUGCCAAGACAAUCAAGAGGUGA